AUGAAGAUUAAUGGCGAAAUCUUGAAACUGAUAACACCAGUAACAACGUUGGACGUAGUAAAAGACUACCCAGGUCAUGUUUUACUGGAAUCAGAAGCAGUGAAGAAGUUUGGUUUCAGAGCUAAGUCACUGAAACCAGAACAAGAACUGAAGCCAAACAAAAUAUAUUUCCUUGUUGAAUUGCCUUUGUUUCCUAAAGAAGAAAUUAGUAGAGUUCCAAGAAGAGUGAAAUCUGCUGUUCAGAUGAGUGCAAAGGAUCGGCUCGAGUGUCUCAUGUUAAACCGAAGAUCGGCUUCUGAUUUGUCGAUUUCGAAGCCGAAUAAUGGACCGAUUCAGUUGAAGAUGAAGCUGCCGAGGAGUUUAGUUCAGAAGCUGGUAGAAGAAGGGGAAGUAAAGAUGAAGCGCAAAGUGUUUACUUGA